AUGGAUACUCUCGAAAAAGGAAGAUCAAUUUCAGAGAUAUCGAAUAUAAAUACAAGUCAAGUAUUGAUCAUUGGUGCUGGAUUAUCUGGUUUAGAAGCUGCUCGAUUAUUGCGUGAAAAAGGAAUAAAAACAAUAAUUUUAGAAGCACGAAAUCGAACAGGCGGUCGUAUUUGGUCUGUACGUUCUAAAACAGGUCAUAUGUUUGAUACAGGUGCAACUUGGAUUCAUGGUAUUUAUGGUUCAAUUCCAAAUGGUUUAUUAUCAAAUCCUCUAUGGGAUCUUACUCAAGAAGCUAAAAUUCCAACACGAGGUACAGAUAUAUAUGAUAUUCAUGUAGGUUAUCCAUUCGAUGGUAAUAUCUCCGAAACUUAUAAUUGGUAUAAUGAAUAUCUUAGUUUUACAAAAGAAGAAACUCGAAUGUCUUCACCAAACAUAUCUCUUGCAUAUUAUGCUGAUUUAUAUGUCAAACAAAAGAAUUUAACUGAUAAACAACAACAUGCCUUCUACAGUUAUUUAGCUUUUACUAUUAAAUUCAAUGAAGGAGCUGAAUUAAAUGCAAUUGGUGCUAAAAAUUUUCUUAGUCUUAGUUCAUCACAUUAUGGUGAUGAACAUAUAUUUCAUAAAACUGGUUUUAUGGCACUUACUGAUUAUUUAGCUCGAGAUGUUGAUGAUAUUCGAUUCAAUCAGAUUAUUACUAAAAUAACUUAUACUGAUAAAAUGGUUGAAGUAAGAACAAGAAAUGGAGAAAUUUAUCAAUCAUCAUUUGUUCUUCUAACAGUACCAUUAGGAGUAUUAAAAGCUAAAGAAAUUGAAUUUACUCCUCAAUUACCUCAAUGGAAAUUAGAUGCUAUCGAUCGUAUUGGAUAUGGAUUUUUUGAAAAAGUCUUUUUAGUAUGGGAACAAGCUUGGUGGAAUUCGACUAAUUUUUAUUUUAUGGGUAUGUCAUCCAAUCCAAAUAAUGUUCGAUAUUGGGUCAAUGCAAAUAAAUGGAAUGAUAAACCUGUUCUUAUAUAUUUUCUUGCAGGUCAAGCAGAUUUUCCAACAAGAUUAAAGGAGAAUCACGAUGAAUUAAUUGAAGAACUUCGACGGAAUUUACAAGAAAUGUUUCCUGAUUUUGUUGUUCCUCCACCAGUAGAAACUUUUGUAACACAUUGGAAUGAAGAUCCAUUCUCUUAUGGAUCAUAUUCAUAUAUUUCUGUAAAUCAAACAUACGAAGAUUCUUUAUUUUUAUCUGAACCAAUUCAAGAUCGUUUAUUAUUUGCUGGUGAAGCAACAAGUAUUGAUAGUUAUGGAUAUGCUCAUGGUGCUCUACUUAGUGCACGACGUGAAGUAACUCGACUUUUAUAUGGUUAUGAAUUAUUACCAAUAAAAAACAUAACUACUUCUCAAUCUAUAUUAAUUACUCCAUUAACAAUAUUAUUCAUUAUACAAUUUAUCUUUCUUUCAUUUUUCUAUUAUUGA